CACCUCAAGUACACCACUAAUACGAACGAUAAUCAUUCUUGAAACGAGUUAACAGUCAACUUACAAGCUCUAGAUCCACGAGAAACCCAGCUUGGGUCUCAUUCCUCUCAGUUGGCUUCGACUUCACCCACUAAAUUUACAAUAAAUUAUUUAAAUUAACCCGCCCUCCCUUCAGUGAGUGAUUAUUCCCAAAUGACUGAGUGUUUAAUUGAGUGUAUAAUGAAUUUAUAAAAUUCGAAUAAUUAUUUUUUAAAUAAAUCGAAUAAAACAAAAAAAAACACAAAAAAUGAUAUCGGAAAUGAAGUAUCAAGUGAUUGAACACGGUCAAGUGACACGUGUUUAACCGGCAUAAUUAUUUUAAAAUUAUUUUUCAUUAGUUACCAAAGACAUAUAUAAUAUUUAUUUAUUUAUAAAAUGGCUGUUAAAUUAGUUUUUUUAUUAUUUAUGUGCUUUAUAAAUACUUUUGCGCAAGAUGAUGACUCGUUAGCUGGAAGUUUUUUGUCAGGAUUAUUAGACUCAUUAGCGGAUACAGCAAGUAGCGCAAAUUGCCCCGGUGUAUGUGUACACGCUCUGGCGACGUUAAUAUGCGACGACGUGCUUGAAGACGUCCAAUGUCCGACGUCGAGCAUGAGAUGUUGUGUUAACGGACCAGUCAAUAGUACCGACAGCUCGGUAUCGGAGAAUGAUAUUGAAGGGAUUUCUAUGACCACGACAACAGCCAAGGAAGUACCGACGACGUCAACCACUACCACGACAACGACGACGUUACCGACGACGAUGACGACCACAACACCGGCGACGACUACAUCGGUAACGACAAUUGCGUCUACGCCACUAACUACGUCGAGCGAUCACAAAAACGUCAGUGAUAAAUCAGCAUCAAAAUGCACUGGGAUUUGUAUCGAGGCUCGGAUAGCUGACUAUUGCGAAGCGAUAGUAAACAUCGACACACUUUGCAAGCCGGGUCACCGAUGCUGCGUAUCCCGGGACUCGUUCGGCAACAAUCCGCCACCCGAGUUCUACAUUAUCGACCGUUCGAAAACAGUAAAGAACUCUAGCCAACCGAGCAACACACGCCCGGAAGAGAAACUCUCGGAAAAAUCAACUAGUACCGUCAGACCAGCAACCCCUUACACAACGACGACGACGACGUCUGCGCCACGACCUAAGCCUGCGCCACGUAAGCCCUGCAAAGGCGAAUGUGUCAACGGGCUCUUUGCCUUAUUCUGCGAUAAUAUCGACCGUGAUGCAGACUGUCCGUCCGACGGUUCCUGCUGCAUUACCGACGCACCGGCUAAAGUAGAAACCACUACAACCCCCAGGCCAUCAACGAGGCCGCCUCAGCCAAAAUUACCUCCAUGUCGAGGAUUUUGUUUGCUAACAAUAAUGGCAGCUUUUUGUGAACGUCCCAAUGUCAUUAUCGGCAGGACUUCAACAUGCCAAAGUGGCUACAUCUGUUGUGAUGAAAGCAAUGCACCAGCACACACACCCAGACCUAGACCAAGACCUUCAACAACUCGCGCACCAACGACUACUGUUUCAAUGCCACCAGAUCCACGUCCAGAGUGUCCUGGGUCAUGUAUAGUGUCUUACUUAUCAUUCACAUGUUUCCGAAAUGCUGAACUGACCAAUAUAUUCAAAUGCAAAAAAUUCGGGCAUCAGUGCUGCGCACCAAAGUCACUGAUCCGUGAAUUCCAGCAGGGAAACUCCAGUGACACGAGUAUUUCUAAUAAAAAUGAUAGUUUUAGUCUAUCACGUCCUUAUACUUCAACUGCUCCUACUCCAUAUGAGACAACAAUGACUACUCCAAUGACAACUACAAUGCAGAUUCCAAGUACAAAAAGUCCUAUUUACAGUAAGUAUGUCUGCGGUGUCAAAGGAACUUCACGCGGUCCAAUACAAGCACGAAGUUUGGUACGGGAUGGCCGUGUCGUCGGGGGAGAGGACGCUGAUGCCAAUGAAUGGUGCUGGCAAGUAGCACUUAUUAAUUCAUUGAAUCAGUAUCUGUGCGGCGGUGCUCUUAUCGGCACUCAGUGGGUACUGACUGCCGCUCACUGCGUUACCAAUAUUGUGAGAUCAGGCGACGCAAUCUACGUCCGGGUUGGUGACCAUGAUUUGACACGAAAAUAUGGAAGUCCAGGAGCUCAGACUUUGAGGGUGGCAACGACUUACAUUCAUCACAAUCACAACAGCCAAACGUUGGACAAUGAUAUCGCGUUGCUUAAGCUACACGGUCAGGCAGAAUUAAAAGAUGGCGUUUGUUUAGUUUGUUUGCCGGCAAGGGGUGUCAGUCAUACUGCGGGAAAAAGGUGUACCGUCACUGGUUAUGGUUACAUGGGCGAAGCUGGACCUAUCCCACUCAAAGUUCGUGAAGCUGAAAUACCGAUCGUCAGUGACGCAGAGUGUAUUCGUAAAGUAAAUGCAGUAACAGAAAAAAUUUUCAUAUUACCAGCAAGUAGUUUUUGUGCUGGCGGUGAACUUGGAAAUGAUGCAUGUCAGGGUGACGGAGGUGGGCCGCUUGUUUGUCAGGACGAUGGAUUCUAUGAAUUAGCUGGUCUAGUUUCCUGGGGAUUCGGAUGCGGCCGUGUCGACGUACCAGGUGUUUACGUUAAAGUAUCAGCGUUCAUUGGUUGGAUUAAUCAAAUAAUAUCCGUUAAUAAUCUUUAGUCUAUUAAUUAUUAAUACUAUUAAUAAUAAUUAUAAUCAUGAUUAAUAAAUUUGAAAUAGUUAUUUAUUCAUUACAAUAGUUAUUUAAUAUUAUUUCGUUGCAUUUUGACGA